CGCGGGCCGCGCCCCCCUUUCUGCCCCAUCUCUCCGCCGCCGGCAGGAUGCCCCGCUAUGAGCUGGCUUUGAUCCUGAAAGCCAUGCAGAGGAGCCGACAGUUAUGAGAGAGUGAGCAGAUUCUAUUCCGGUUUAUGCAUCAACAGAGCUGAUGAACGAGCUAGGGGAAAAAACACAACUUGAUUCUUUUAGGACCAUGCUGAUAUUUGCAGACCUGAUGGGGUUGGUACAGUAGGCCUCACUAGACUUAGCUGCAGCUAAGAAUUUCUCCUACAUCAACAGAGUUAAUGCUGAUGCUCUUGUGGAAAGUCGAUUAAAAGUGCGUGCUAAGUUCUCAAAUUUCCAUUUAAGAAGCGGAGAAAAUAAAUCUGUCUUCUCAAAGUGUACUACAACCACCACCAUCAAGACAGCAAACCAAGGGACAAAGAAUUUGAUCUGCAGUAUUGAUAAAUGUAAACUGGUUCACAUAUUACUCUAAAGACUUCUUGGGGGGUGAAAAUUGGACAUCGGCAGUCGCAAGUCAUUUUGUUUAUAAAAAUGAGGGCUUCUUUGGAAACAGCAGACAUUGCCAUUGUGACACUGUACUUUGUGCUUGUACUGUGCAUAGGCUUUUUUGCCAUGUGGAAAUACAAUCGAAGCACCGUAAGUGGCUACUUCUUGGCAGGCCGUUCUAUGACAUGGGUAGCUAUUGGUGCAUCCUUAUUUGUGAGCAAUAUUGGGAGCGAACAUUUCAUUGGGCUCGCAGGAUCUGGAGCAGCAAGUGGAUUUGCAGUAGGUGCGUGGGAGUUCAACGCCUUAAUGCUUUUACAGCUUUUAGGAUGGGUUUUCAUCCCAGUCUACAUACGGUCAGGAGUAUAUACCAUGCCUGAAUACUUGUCCAAACGUUUUGGAGGACAUAGAAUUCAAAUAUAUUUUGCUGCGUUGUCUUUGAUUCUUUAUAUCUUCACCAAACUUUCUGUUGAUUUGUAUUCAGGUGCACUCUUUAUUCAAGAAUCUUUAGGUUGGAACCUUUAUUUGUCAGUUAUCCUGCUUAUUGGAAUGACUGCUUUGUUGACUGUGACUGGCGGUCUCGUGGCUGUCAUCUACACGGACACUCUUCAAGCUUUGCUUAUGAUUAUUGGUGCCCUCACACUCAUGAUCAUAAGUAUGAUGGAGGUUGGUGGGUUUGAAGAAGUUAAAAGGAGGUAUAUGUUGGCAACACCAAAUAUUACGUCAAUCUUGUUGACCUACAAUCUUUCCAAUACCAACUCUUGUCAUGUCCAGCCAAAGCCUGAUGCUCUUAAAAUGUUGCGUGAGCCAACUGACGAAGAUGUUCCCUGGCCUGGAUUUCUGUUUGGGCAGACCCCAGCUUCUGUAUGGUACUGGUGUGCUGACCAAGUCAUAGUUCAGAGGGUUUUAGCUGCAAAAAAUAUUGCUCAUGCCAAAGGAUCCACACUAAUGGCAGGUUUUUUAAAGCUGUUGCCUAUGUUUAUUAUAGUUAUCCCAGGGAUGAUUUCACGUAUACUGUUUGCAGAUGAGAUUGCCUGCAUCAAUCCUGAACACUGCAUGCAAGUCUGUGGAAGCAGAGCUGGAUGCUCUAACAUUGCCUAUCCACGUUUGGUGAUGAAACUUGUACCAGUUGGUCUGCGGGGACUCAUGAUGGCUGUAAUGAUUGCUGCACUAAUGAGUGACUUGGACUCUAUAUUUAACAGUGCCAGCACUAUAUUUACACUUGAUGUCUACAAACUCAUACGCAAGAGUGCCCCAUCUAGAGAAUUAAUGAUUGUAGGAAGAGUGUUUGUUGCUUUCAUGGUAAUUAUAAGCAUUGCUUGGGUUCCAAUAAUCGUGGAAAUGCAAGGAGGCCAGAUGUAUCUCUAUAUACAAGAGGUAGCAGAUUAUUUGACUCCACCAGUGGCUGCGCUGUUUCUGUUGGGUAUAUUUUGGAAGCGUUGCAACGAACAAGGGGCAUUCUAUGGUGGAAUGGUUGGGUUUGUUCUUGGAUCUACAAGGCUGAUAUUGGCAUUUAUUUAUCGUGUCCCUGAGUGUAACCAGCCUGAUACUAGGCCAGGCUUCAUCAAAAAUAUCCACUAUAUGUAUAUUGCUACUGCUCUGUUUUGGAUCACUGGAAUUGUGACUAUUACAGUAAGCCUCUUUACACCACCACCAACAAAGGAACAGAUUCGAACAACCACUUUCUGGUCUCUAAAAAUCAGGCCUGUAAAAGAAAAUGCUUCAAAAGGGGAUCCAUAUAAGGUACAAGAAAAAAACAUCUUGAAAUGUAAUGAAAAUGCCAAUCAUAUCCUGCCAAAUGGCAAAUCUGAAGAAAAUAUUAAAAAUAUUAAGCCUGAGGAUAUAAAUCUUCUAGUUACUUGCAGAGAAGACAGCAACCCAGUGAUUUCUGUAAGUCACUCUGAAGUUGAGACACCAGUUGAUUGUUAUUCCAAUGGACAAGUGGCUCUCAUGGGUGAGAAAAAGCGUGAGGAAGAGACUGAUGAUCGAGAUAAACAUUGGAAAUUCAUAGAUUGGUUCUGUGGCUUUAGAAGUAGAAACAUGAAUGAAAGAGCCAUCCAAGAUACGGAGGAAGAGACUCUCUGUUUACAAAUGUUGGAAGAGACUCCAAAAGUUAAACUUUUACUAAAUAUUGGACUGUUUUGUGUCUGUUCACUUGGAAUAUUCAUGUUUGUCUAUUUCUCUUUGUGAGUGGUGAAGCUUUAAGGGUAUGGCUAAACAUACAGAAGCUGAAACAAGUCUCUCUGGAGAAUUUUUAAAAAUAUACAUAACUUGCAUCUCAGGCAUUGUUUACGCUAUAUUGUAAAAUCAACUUGUCAGACAAUUUAAAGAUCAUUUGAGAUGUGUAUUAUAUUUCCUCUGUUUAAAUAAGGAAGAAUAUGUUUUUUAGUGCAGUGUUGCAAGCUGUGUGUGUGUACACCAAAGAAAAAGGAGGUGGCUGUUUUUAAGGAAGAACAUUAAGGUGCUCAGUCCAAUAUUAAAGUGUGUGGGGGGGGAAAUUAAGUGUAGAAUUGGUAUAAUCAAGGCUGUCAAUCUAAAUUUAAAGAUACCCCUACAUAGUUUAUCCUCUAUCAUACUUGUACUAACUUGACCAACAUGUUGCUGCUUAAUUUUGCUUGCAGCUUUUCACUUUUUAAAAACUAUGUAUAAAAAAUGUGUGGUGUUUAAAUCCCACAAUUCAUUUAUACUCAACAAAAAGACAGCAUUUUGAAUGCCCUUAACUCCUCAUGUAUUAUUUUGGAACAUGCUGUCACUCUGCAGCCGCCUUCUACUCUUCUCCAUAAGAUUAGAAACCAAACAUACUUAGUCACAGAUUUUAACCUUUUUUUUUCCCUAUCCAAUUUAAACACUGGUAUGGUGAAAGAUUGAUAUUUAUUUUUGAGGGAUGGGUUCAAGCAAGCCUGAGGUAUUACACUCAGUUUAACUUUGUAAACUUUAGUUUAUGAUCCUACUGAGGGAGGGGGGAAAAGGGAUGGAUACUCUACCUGAAUUUUCUAGUAAAUGUUGACCAAAACAAAUUCACUCCCACCCUAUUCCAAAUUUCUCUUAACAUUUUUGCUGUGUACAUUAGUAUGGUUAGCUUCUCCUUAAGGAGCAAGCUCCAGAUGCAUGCUAUCCCUUGGAAAAGAGAUUUCCCCAAGAAUGAUCAAAGUGAAACUUGAAUAUGCUUCAACUGGAUUUAAAAAAAUUAAAUACCCCUGAAGGAUACAUCUAGCAACCCUAUCACCAAGCUAGAUGCAAUGCAGUCUGUUAAAUGUUAACAAAUGUGUACUAUGGAUAUUUGUUUUAAAUUGCUAUUUUGGAAGAGGGAAGUGGAAGCAACAAAUAACAAGAGUCUGUAUUUAGCACAGUACUCUUUCUUUCUAACUUCAUAUGUUAGGAAAAACAUAGUAUGAAGGAUUCCCCAUGGGGAAGUAAGUGAAUGUAGUGGGCAGCUUAAUUAUCUUCAGCUGGGCUCUUUUUGAUGCGUAUGUGGAAAAGCAAGACAACUUUUUGUGCUUUAGCAAAGCAACCUCAAAUUACAGGAAUGCACAAAAGAUGAGACUUUGAUUGAGGUUAUUUCCCCUAGGGGCUGUUACUGGCAACUGUAUUAAGGGUUUGCAGAAUUGGACACCGUUUAAUACCCAAUUUAAUUACCCUGAGUAGCCUGUUGAUUUUAAUGUAGUGUGCUACUUGGUGUGAGUAAAAAUGGUAGGUUAAUGGAAUCUGGGUUGAAUCUAAUUAUUGACUGUUGGAGGAAAAACAUCUUGCUGCAUAGAACUCCAGUGGGUCACUGAACAGCUCUUGGUAAACCAACAAUAAUUAGAUUAUCAGAUGGAACUGGUAAUUUACCAUACUCUUGAAAUAGCAAUUGAGACUGGUAGGUCUGUGGAUUUGAAUAGAUGCCAAGAUGUUUCACAGCAACUACUGUUCGUUAUCAGCUUUGUUUAGAUCUUGCACUUGGAGGGUAGAACACGGUGGAUCACAAUAUAGAGAUGAGCAUAUGAGCCAUGUUUGAAUAGUGUAGAUGACGGCCAUUACCGUAUGUGGCUGAGGCUUGGUUUUGGUAGUGUUGUGUCAAUGUGUGUAAAAGUUGCUGUUUCAAUGGGUUACUUCGUACAGAAAAACAUUCUUUUUUUAAAUGAUAAAUUCUUAGUACAUGAAAGAUUCUGUAAAAAUGGAAAUUCAAGUUCAUAAGUUAGUUAUUGGAGGUGUAAUGGGGGUAUACACGGUAUACAAAAAUGAAUAACUCUUUUUAUAUGGAGGGUAAACAGUAAAAAGCUUGGAUGCGUUUGCCCUAAAUCUAGAUGGAUACACUAGGAAGAGGAGGGGGAUAAAGAACUCAGGGAGCCUUUACCCCUUUGUAUACAGACAGAAUGGCUAUGGACCAAGAGCUUCUAUAUGCGUUUUCAGGGCCUGGCUGAAAUGCUCAGUUGGGCUCAGUGGCACACUUGGGGUAUGUGGUCUGCCAUCUUUGGGAUGUUAACCAGCACUAUCCCCUACUAACUCCGCAUACAUUUCCAUCAACAACUGGCAUUAGAGGGUUUGCUUACUGGCCCUUCUUGAUCUAGUUUUAAUGACUGUAUUACCACCUGCCUCUCACAGGUAGGCUGGCUCAGGGACCCUUUGCUUUACUGCCACUGCUUCAGUUCUUCUUACCCCUUCCCUAGAAUGCCUCACACAGUAAUAGGGCCAGAAGCAUAUAUCUUGCCUCCACCUAGAUAAACAGCAGCCUGCCUAGUACAGUCUCUUCCCUUGUUCCUUUGCCCCAGAUGAGUUCUUUUCUGCCAAGCCCACUUUACAUGUUUACUGCACAAUGCCCAGUGCCAUGUACACUCAUACUUAUGAUCAGUGAUAAAAUUUUAACCCUGUAACAUGUAAUAUUCCCAAAGAAUUAGAACUGUAUUAGGUCUAUGCUUUUAAAGACCAGUAGUUUCAGUGUAUUGGCAUGUUUGUGUAUUUUAGUAUUCAAAGUAUGAUCAGUUUACUUAGCUCUAUCUUUUUUAAAUUUCAAAUUUUUUCAUACUAAAAGUCCAUAUUACACUAGUUCUAAAAGUUUAUUUCCAAUGGGGAUCAAUCUAGUCCUGUCACUAUGUAGCUUCACAGAAAUAAGACCACCUAUUGUUGGAUUAAUUAUGGUAAAGUAGUGUUGUCAUAGUUGGAAACUCAGUUGAUAAAAUGGCUGUAUUCUCUCCGUGUCUUCAUAACGGAGUCCUAGUCUACACUAUAAACGUAGGUUGAUGAAAGCCACCUUUCGUAGACUUAAUAAUACAUGUGUCUACACUACAGUAGAACCUCAGAGUUAUGAACUGACUGGUUAACCACAUAUUUCAUUUGGAACCAGAAGUACCCAUUCAGGCAGCAGCAGAGACGUGAGGGGAGAGGGGGAAACCAUCCAGUACAGUACUGUUAAACAUAAACCACUAAAAAAAAUAAAGGGAAAGUUUAAAAAAAAAAAAAAAAACAACCCACGUUGAUGACAAGGUAAGGAAACUGUUUCUGUGCUUGUUUCAUUUGAAUUAAGAUGGUUAAAAGCAGCAUUUUUCUUCUGCAUAGUAGAGUUUCAAAGCUGUAUUAAGUCAACGUUCAGUUGUAAACUUGAAAGAACAACCAUCACAUUUUUUUCAGAGUUACAAACAACCUCCAUUCCCCAGGUGUUCAUAACUCUGAGGUUCUACUGUACCAUGUCCCUUCCACUGACCUAACUCGCCUGUAACGUCGACUUAAUUCACCUUCGUGAGAGGUGUAGCGCCCACAUUGUUGUUGGUGGGUCAGAGAGGCAGUGUAAACGCAGUGUUGUGUAAGUUGACUGAAUUGGCCUCCAGGAGGAGUCCCACAGUUCUCAGCUAUGAUUACUCUGGAGAUGGUUUUCAACUCUGCUGCUCAGCAGCCAGGUACACAGGAAACCGCCUCUCCCCUGUUAAAGACCCAGGAACUUUUGAAUUCCCGUUUCCUGUUUGAUCAAAGUGGAGAGCUCGCCAGCACAGCUGACCAUGGAGAGUCAAAGCUCCAAACGCGCUCCAGCCUGAAGUAAGGACACAGGAGGUGGUGGAUCUUACUGGUCUGCAAAGAAAAGAGUCGGUACAGGCACAGCUCUGAUCCAGCUGAAGAAACGUAGACCUCUACAAAAAGACUGCAUGGGACAUGAGGGAGAAGGGCUACACCAGGGACAUGUAGCAGUGCCACGUGAAAAUCAAAGAACUUUGGCAGGCGUACCAGAAGACAAGGGAGAUGAACAGUCAUUCUGAUUCUGCCCCACAGAUAUGCUGUUUCUACUAUGAGCUGCAUGCGAUUCUCAGUGGCAACUCCACCACUACCCACCUGCCAUAGCAUGGAUACCUCCCAGGAGUCUGAGUCCAGGGCCACCUCAGGUGAAAACAAGGAGGAUAUUCUGGAUGAUGAUGAGGCAAAUGGGAGGGAGGUGAGUGGGGGAUCCAUUCUCCUCAAGAGCCAGGAGCUGUUUUUAACCCCUGAGCAGUCCAGCUGGUUGCAGGACAGCAUGGUUGGUGAUUAUAUGCAAUUCCAAUCAAACUGUAGGGGUUACAUGCUGUUAUAUUUUUUUGUUUUAAUAUGAAGAAAAAGUGAGGUGCAGUGAGUAUCUGCCUCCCUGCUGCUUCAGUUAUAUAGAGGGUGCCCCUCCGCCCCCAGAAAAGACUGUUUAUGUGCAUAGGGAUGGCCUGGGAAUCCUCCAUGGAGAUCUCUAGGAAACUUUCAUGGAGGUACUCUGCAAUCCUUUGCAGAAGGCUUCUGCGGAGGGCUACCUUAUUUCUCCCUCCACGGUAGGACACUUUCCCAUGCUACUCCAGUAGCAACUGUGCUGGCAUCAUUGCAGCAGCAACAUGCAGACCUGGUCUGUACCCAAAUGUUUGCAGCAUUUGUUCCUGUGCCGCCUCUGUUUCCCUCAGGAAACUGAUAUUGCAUAGGGCCCACCUUGGGGUGGAAGUUUUUCAUUACAAGUGCUCAGACUGCAAACCAUAGAGCAUGUGAUAUUCUCUUCCCCCUCCCUACUGCCCCAUGGUGGUUUCUGGGUCCCUUGACCAUUGUUUCCCAAACAUGCUGGUGGUUUGGUUGGCAGGGAUUGGUGUUGACCUCAAUCUGCAAGCCCAAGGUGACUACUACCAGCAAUGUUAAGGUAAGAGGCUGGGUGGGCUUCCUGUGUUCCCUUGCGGCUGCAACCCUCUUUCUUCUCCCCCUCCCACUCCCCAAGCCGCUUUGGAAAAAGACCACAAUUUGGGAAGCUUAAAGCUGGUCCUUGGUCUCAAAGCAAUGUCUGUGUUCCUAAGACAGGGCAUUGUCCACCUACCCACCUGUGCUCCCAAUGUGGGUUUCCCACAAGUUGCAGCACAAGACCUGUUACCCAGGCUGCUGGGCCAUACUCACCAUGGCUGGAACAGCAAAUUGGUUCAUUGAACAGCCAGGGAUUCUGAUUAUUUUCUGGCUUGCACUUCAGUGUAAUAAGGGAAGUGAUAUUUAAAUGGCAACCUUGCACUACACCCAGGGUAUGCACUGACAAUGGUUGCCUUGUGCUUUGCAUGCCUUAUAGUGGAAAGUUUGGCCUUCAGCAUAUCCUCCACGCUGGCGGAAAGGCUUUAGAAGAUGGAAAAAAAAAUGCAUGAUAUGUCCAACGAGAUAAUAAUGCCUCUGGGACAGCUGACACGGAGCUAAGAACCUGGAGGAUUUCAUUGUUUGAAAAACUGGACAUAGCAACAGACAGAUGGAGAGCAUACCAGGAGCAUGAGUGUCCCAUGCAGGAUGAGAUGCUGCAGAUUAUGAAGGACCAAUUGGACACAUUGAGGCGUCUGAGCGUCAAGAAAAACAACUUGCAGCUAGAUUCCCUCUACAGCCCCUGUAGAAUGGCCUGCAAGCAAUGCCCUGUUUCCAAUACUCCUUCCCAAAUGUUUCAGGAAGUGGCAGGGGAAGGGGCAGUAUCCCUUCCACUCAACACUGGGGAGGGUGCUAAAGACAAAAGGCAGUCAUUCAAAGACCUUUAUUGGGCAAGACUUCCAUUUUUUUUCAGACACAAGCAGGCUUGGUUUCUCCCCUCCAAUUUUAUCACACAGUUGGCCCAAGGUAAAAUUAUUUUCCUGUGGGGGGUGUGUGUGUGUGUGCGCGCGC